AACUGAUAUUUAAGAAUAAUUUCAUUCAAAUGGGGCAGUAAAAUUUUUUGACUUUUCGAAUUGGAAAACAACAAAAGAAAAAUGGCUCGAAAAAAUGUUCAUGAUGAUUUACUUGAAUUGUGCGAGAUUUCCAUUGAUAAUAUAUUGUGUAAUCUUGAAAAUCGAUAUGAACAGGAAAUCUAUUAUACACAGAUCGGUAAAUCAACAUGUAUAUCAGUGAACCCAAACGGCACGAAUGAUAUGACGAAAAGAUUAUAUGAAACUGAUUAUAUGGAAAUGUAUCGUACCAACACCACCACCACCAAUCAAUGGCAUCGUCAGCGGCCACAUAUUUUUGCAGUUGCCAAUUUGGCUUAUCGCACCAUUUUCGAACAAAAUGCUGAUUGUUCAAUAAUUGUAACCGGUGAAAGCGGCAGUGGAAAGACAGAAGCAACAAAACAUUUGUUACUUUUUCUUAGUCAUGUUUUUCGGAAAAACAACGAACAACAACCACCAAUGGAAAUUGAAAAUGUGGUCGACAUUGUAAUCAAAUCGAAUUUGAUACUGGAAUCAUUCGGUAACGCAAUGACUAUUUGUAAUGAUAAUUCGAGUCGUUUUGGUAAAUACACGGAAAUAUCGUUUGUACGAGAUGUUCAACCAAAUGUUGAUCAAAAUUAUGAUUUUUCAUUCGGAACUAUUCGUGACUAUCUUCUCGAAAAGUGUCGUGUUAUCGAUCAACAAGAAGGUGAACGGAAUUUUCAUUGCUUCUAUCAAUUGUUGAGCGUUUUAAAUUCGAAGAAAUAUGGCCAUUUAUUUUUCGAAUUGGAUUGGAUGGACAACUAUGUUGAUUCAUAUAAUUAUCUGAAUGGCAGUUUAAAAUCACAGAUUUACACACUUGAUGCAUUGAAUUUCGACCAUGUUUUCGAAUCAAUGUUAGCCAUCGGUUUUAAUUGUGAACAAAUUCGAUCCAUAUACAAAGUAUUGGCUGCAAUUCUUGUUUUAGGAAAUAUUCAUUUCAUUCCAUUAGAAUAUUCAGAUGAUGAAUUCAGUGUUCAUGAAAAUGAUAUAGAUGUUCACGAACGAGAAUUUUUGGAAAAGUUUUGCCAACUUUUAUCGUUGAAUAUCAACAACGCAUUGCUUACAUUGUGUAGCCGUUCAAUUCGUACACCAAAUGAACUGGUUCGUAAAAGCUAUACCCAUACACAAGCAAGUCAAGGUCGUGAUGCAUUGGCAAAAGCAUUAUAUCAAAAGCUAUUUGGAUAUAUUUUGAAAAAGAUUAACACAACAUUGAAAAUGGUAAAGGAACGUACCAUUGCGGAUGAUGAUCGACCACUGCAAAUCGAUACGAUCGGCAUAUUGGAUAUUUAUGGAUUUGAAGUAUUUGAAAAAAAUAAAAAUGGAUUCGAACAAUUUUUAAUUAAUUAUUCGAAUGAAAAAUUGCACCAGUUGUUCAUUGAUUGUAUAAUGAAAAAAGAACAAUUAUUAUACCAACAGGAAGAUAUUCACUGGCAAAAGAUCGAUUUCGAGGAUAACCAUAUUAUUUGUCAAACUUAUCAUGAAAUUUUUGCCAUAAUGGACGAAAUUUGUAUAACCGGUUGUCAACUGCAAGAUGACCAUCGUCUUUUGAAAUAUCUAGACAAACAUUUCAAAGAUGGACAUCACCACUUUAGAAUCAAGCAUGAUGAUGAUUUUGGUUUCAUUAUCAAUCAUUCAGCCGGCAAAGUUCAAUAUUCAGUCGAAACAUUUAUUGAAAAAAAUCUUGAUCAACUUUAUUAUGACUAUUAUGAGUUGAUGCAGACAACCACAGACCAAUUCAUCGAAGAAAUACUUUAUGAUUCGAAAUCACAAGCAGCCAGAAGUAACAAAAGACCAUCGACUGUUGGCCAUGAAUUUCGUAAAUCAAUGGACACAUUGAUCCAACGGCUUAGCAGUCGUCAACAAUUGUAUGUUCGUUGUAUUAAGCCGAAUGAAUCCAACGGCGAACAAUGUUUCAAUGUGGACAAAGUACGACAUCAAAUUCAAUAUUUAGGUUUAGCUGAACAUGCCAAAAUUUGUCAGGCAAGUCUUUGGUGUCAUUAUCGAUACGAAGAUUUUGUUCAACGAUUUAGAAUGUUGUUGGACAAUAACGAUAAACAACAAUCGAUUAUUUCGGAAACAAUACACGAGGAUCUUCGAGCACAUUACCAGCCUGUAUGCAAAAAGAUUCUUGAGAAAUUAUCAGAUGUUAUUGUUGAAAACGAUUUCAAGUGCUCUGUUAAUGAGAAGAGCAAGUUUGCAUUUGGCCGUACCAUAUUGUUUAUUCAAGACCCGAAAAUAGUCGAAUCUUUGGAAACGGAACGUUAUGAAUAUCUUCAACAAUGUAUUAUAUUAAUUCAAAUGCUUGCACGACGUUUUCUGGCCAUGAAACGUUUUGAACGUAUUAAACGUACACAAUUAGCAUUCGAUUUGUUCUGUCAACGAAAAAAGCUGAGAAUAAUUGGCAAAUUUCUUGAUAAAUUUGAACAUCGAUAUUUCGAUCAAUACAUGUUCAUCUGUCUUCAUCGCCCAGCCAGCUGUCUGGAAUAUAGUGAAUUACUCGCGAUUAGAUAUCGAAACAAAGUAGCAUUUCAAAAUGAUGAUACAUCAAGAUUACUUACAGACAAUGUUCACAAUAAAUUAUUACCCGAAAUGAUUGAUUAUUUCAACCAUUGGUUGAUUAUAAUGAAAUUUCCGCACAGUUAUUGGAAGGAAAAAGUAUUACGAAUUGAAGCAGAAAAAUUAUUCACUGGUAACAAAUGUGAAUGGGGAUUUUCAAGAGAAAAAUGGCUGGGUAAUUAUCUGGUGGACAAAAAGGAACAUCAUGUUGGAUAUGAUGAAUAUUUCAAACUCAACGGUCUUGGCAAAAUUAUAUUCGCAGCAAAAAUUAUCGUAGGAAAAGCAAAAGCAUAUGGAUUGAUUAUGAAUGAAACAUCCAUUUUUAAAUUGAGUUUGAAACGCAACUUUUAUGAAUGGAUUCAGUUGAAUGAAAUCGAAGCAGUUAGCCUUAGUACUGGACGUGAUCAAUUGAUUGUUCUACACAGCCAUGAUGAUGGUGAUUUGAUAUUUGCACUUGAUAGUUCUGCAAAACAAAAAUCGAGUAAAACCAACUCGAAAAAGGAUUCGACAACCACAGAAGAGAACAAUAACAAUAAAGUCGGUGAAUUUGUCACAUUACUUUGGCAACGAAUCAAAUCGUUAAAGAUAAACUUCCAAUCGGAUUACAUUGAAUUUCAAUCUAAAAACAAAAGAAAAAUAAUUAAACCGAUUGAAUGGAAUAGUCCGGAACUCGAUCAGAUUGUUUUGGCAAAUGAUGGUCAUCAACCAGGACCCAUGUCAAUUAUGACAUGUAACAUCAAAUCAUUUUUCCGAAUUUUGAAAUCGAUAAAAGAUGAAUUAAGCAGCAGUGAUAAACGACGAUCAUCCACAUCAAGUGAUGAUCGAAAGCAUUGGCUUCGGGCUAAUAGUUUCCAAAAAAUUUCUACAACCAAUUUCAUUUUUGUUUACGAAUAAUGCUAAUAUGCACACAUGUGACGUAGCAAAAUGGCUGAAAUAGAGCUACCACUGUCAUCUAUUGGUUGAAUAGUCCAAAUAUUGUCAUAUACUCACUCUUGUAUAUUGUAAUAAACUCGAAAAUACAUUUUA